AUGAUCAUAAGUUACAAAAGCCUCGCGAUUUAUACCGUCGCUUUCACAUUCGUCUAUUAUUUCCUUCUCGGCAUAUACAAUGUCUUCUUCCACCCGUUACGCCACUGCCCCGGUCCUCUCCUCUGGCGAGCCAGCCCAUUGCCAAAGAACAUUUACAUGCUCAGGGGCACCUACGCCCACAAGGCACGAGAAAUUCACAACAAGUACAAGGGAACCGUCCGUGUAGCUCCCAACGAGCUCUCCUAUAUCCAUCUUCAAGCAUGGAAAGACAUCCUCGGCCGGCCCCUCAAGAAUGAAAUGUCCAAAGACAUGCGCUACUUUGGCGGCGACACCUUCGGCCGUGACAGCCUCGUCACGACUCUCCCCGAGGACCACACGCGCAUGCGCCGCAUCUUCAACAGCGCCUUCACCAACACCGCCCUCAUGGCACAGGAGCCACUGCUCGUGAAAUACGCGGACCAGAUGAUCGACUCCAUGGGCGCUCUCGUGUCGCGCUUCGGACAGGUCAACCUCGUCGACCUCUUCAACUUUUGCACGUUCGACAUCAUGGGCGACCUUACCUUCGGCGAGCCCCUGCACUUGUUGGAACGGGGAGACUACCACCCCUGGGUGCACAACGUCUUCGCGGGGCUAAAGUAUGUAAUCUACGGCGUCGUGCUCCUCGAGUUCCCCAUCCUCGGGCCCCUCGUGAAAUCCGUCUCCGCGAGGCCCCUGAAGAAGAAGGCCGAGGGACACCAGAGCUUCGUCGGGGACCUGGUCAACCGCCGGAUGGAGGUGAAGGAUCACCCAAAGCCGGAUAUCUGGAGCUUCGUGCUCCGACGCAGCGGCGACGAGGGUAAAGGGUUGAGCUACAAGGAGAUGCACGCCAACGCGACCAUGUUCAUGGUCGCCGGCACCGAGACGACUGCUACCGUGUUAUCCGGUGUCUCGUACCAUCUCAUGCGGAACCCGAGGGUGUACGGGUUGCUUACGAAAGAGAUUCGCGCGGCGUUCUCGCGGACGGAGGACAUGACGACUGAUCGGCUGGCGAAGCUCGAGUAUCUGAAUGCGGUGCUGCAGGAGGGUUUGAGGAUAUAUAACCCUGCUGGCGCGGGCAUGCCGCGGAUUGUGCCGAACGGUGGUGCGGAGGUCUGCGGCGAGUUUGUGCCUGGCGGCACUCUUGUCUCGGUCAACCUGCACGUCGCCUUCAAGCAUCCUGACAACUGGGCGCGGCCGGAUGAGUUUGUUCCGGAGCGGUGGCUCCAUCCGAACGAUCCGGAAUGGAAGAACGAUAGGCGUGAUGUCCACGAACCGUUCUCGUAUGGGCCGAGAAACUGCAUUGGAAGAAACCUCGCCUGGCUUGAGCUCCGUCUUAUCCUGGCAAAGACGCUCUGGCAUUUUGAUAUGGAGAUGUGUCCUGGGAUGGAAGGCUGGGUUCAUCAGAAGGCGUAUAUUACGUGGGAGAAGGGGCCUUUGAUGGCCAAGUUGGUUCCUAUGAAGAGGCAAUGA